GGUUCCGCAGCCCGCAAAAGUCCGCCCGCGCCGGAAGGAUGGCGAAGCAAGGAGGCAAACGAGGAUUUGCGGCAUGUUGCUACGCUCGCCUCGCCUCCCCCACGCGUCCCUCCACGCCACGCACCCCGCCUCCUCCUAUUUAGGCGCGCCCCUCCUCCCCGCCCCGUUCUUCCGCACCAACUCGAAUCUCCCACUCCCAACCGCCCGGCGGACCUUCCCGAGCCUUCGCCACGCAAUGGCAAUGCAGCCUCCCCCCUCCGGGGACGACGCGCGCGAGGCGGACGCGCUCCUCCCGCGGAGCGACUCCGCCGGCCGCCGCCGCUCGUCGCCCGUGCAGUCCGCGUCCCCGAGGCCCCCGGGCUCGGCCGGCCCCAGGAGGCAGUCGUCCUUCCGCCACGACGUCGGCCAUGCCGCCUGCGAGACCUACCUCGUCACGCGCCUCACCUUCACACUGCUCCAGUACCUCGGGUUAGGUUACCGCUGGAUGAGGCAGCUUCUUGCCCUCGCAAUCUAUGCCAUUCUACUUAUGCCAGGUUUUUUGCAAGUUGGAUAUUACUAUUUCUUUUCAAGUCAGGUUCGUAGAAGUAUAGUUUAUGGAGAACAACCGAGAAACAGGUUGGAUUUGUAUAUACCCAAAGAUAAUAGAAGACCCUGUCCCGUGGUGGCCUUUGUAACUGGUGGGGCCUGGAUUAUUGGUUACAAGGCAUGGGGUGCCCUUCUUGGCAGGCGGUUGGCUGAGAGAGGAAUCCUAGUUGCUUGCAUUGAUUAUAGAAAUUUUCCUCAAGGAACAAUAAGUGACAUGGUUAGCGAUGCUUCUCAGGGGAUCUCAUUCGUGUGUAACAACAUUGCUAGUUAUGGAGGUGAUCCUAAUCAGAUCUACUUGAUGGGUCAGUCAGCAGGAGCACAUAUUUCAGCAUGUGCCCUAAUGGAACAGGCAGUAAAAGAGUCUAGCGGACAGCCCAUUUCUUGGAGUGUUACACAAAUCAACGCAUACUUUGGUUUAUCUGGAGGAUACAACAUCCAUAAUUUGGUCGACCAUUUCCAUCAGCGUGGUCUGAACCGUUCAAUAUUUCUCAGUAUAAUGGAGGGAGAAGAAUCAUUGUCACGUUAUUCUCCUGAAAUUGUUGUCAAGGAGUCAAGUGCCCGGACCAUAGCUCUACUUCCUCGUAUCUUUCUUAUGCAUGGAACAGAUGAUUAUUCAAUACCAUCAUCUUCCAGUCGAACUUUUGUAGACGUCCUUCAACAAGCUGGUGCCCAGGCCACAUUAUUAUUGUACGAAGGGAAAACACAUACAGAUAUAUUUAUACAGGAUCCUCUUAGGGGUGGAAGGGAUCCUUUGGUUGAAGAUGUCUUUUCUGUUAUUUAUGCCGAUGAUGCAACUUGCCGAAAUGCAGCUUCUGCGCCAACUCCAAGGCGCCUGGUUUUUGAGUGGCAAUUGCAGUUGGCCCGUUGGAUUAGUCCCUUCUAGAAGACGACACCACAGAGAUGAUGAUUCUUAGGGUCUCGGGUGAUUGGUGUUUGUGUUAUUGUAUUUGCCAAUCAAACCCAAACAAACACACGUAAAAUGGGAGAAAGCAGUGAAACAUCAAGCAGGAUAAGAUGAAGCAGAUGGCAGAACUACACGUCUUAUUUGUAAUAUUCGUCACAUGGAUUGCGCACACACUGUCAGCGCCUGUCGAGGCAUGAUCGACAUCAUGGGAGACAAAGGAAGGGAAAGGCGGGAUUCAUAUAUAAUUCAUAGCACCAUGAAGAUAGCAUGCAAGCUCCAUUUCUUCUGCUGCCGUUGUCAGUUUUUUGCUGCUGCUGGCUUGGAGCUCUUCACCUGCUGUCAUUUGAAAAACACCAUCAUCAGGGAAAGAGCAUGCAAGGUGAAGGUUAUAAGGAUCUCAAUAUGACAUCAGCUGCAGGUUGUACCCUCUUCUUAGGCUCCCGUGGCUUUGACUCGGCCUUCUUGAUGCCACCCUUGGCGGCUGCUGGCUUGGUCGCCGUGGCACUGAGCUUUGCAGGCCCCUUGGUGGCACUAACCUUGGUAGGCUCCUUGGCCUGCCCUUCAAGUCCGGUUGGCUUCACGGCCUUCAGGGAUGCCAUUCUUAUAUGCUGCUCUGUUCCGGCACUGGAAGGCUUAGAACUGUCGUGUGCUUGAUGAACUGGGGAAUGGAUGGACCAAGGUAUUUAUAGGCCGCUUCUUGGGUCUCCCAAGUGUGCAGAGUACAAAUCCUACAUGAAGCAAGAAUAAAGGCGUCCUGAAUUAUUGUAGCAAGUGAUUGAUGGCACGGUGCAGUUGGAUGCUUUCUUACAGAAUUGGAUGCCUUGUAGCCUGGUAGGAGGUGCAACUUACCGGACGUGAAGUUUUCCAUUCGAAAUGUUUGAGGUAUAUUAUUCCCUGAGUCAUUAACGCACAAUGGCACCAGGAAGCUUCCGAAAGAUAAAAUCUUGUACAAGAAGGUUUGCUGCCUGGUUUCUGUUGGUGUCUGGAUGAUCUCCCCCUCCGACGUAGGGGACUCGGCUAUAGCUUGUGUUGCGUUUGGCAAGUUGCCAUGACGUCUUUUUUGUUUUUUGCUGAUUCUAUGGGAUUUGUAAUAAUUUAGUUGCAUGUGUCCUUGAGAAGGAUGGCUUGUACUCUGUUUCGUACUCCCUCCGUCCCAUAAUGCAAGACUUUUUUAACACUAAAAGACGUCUUAUGUUAUGGGAUAGUGGGAGUAGUUUUUUAGGAGAUUGUAUUAGUGAGUGCCUCCUUGUACUCUGUUUUGUACUUGUUUCUGUUGAGGGACUGUUUUUUGUUGU